AAGCACUCAGCUUUACCUGUAAUAUAUGUGAUGCCUUGUAUCCUCCACACGGCCGCCUCAUUUCGAAUCUUGCCUUCGCUUCCACGACGCCAUGGCAGAGGUACUAGCUAUCGUUGGCGGAGUCGCUGGUGGUAUUCAAAUGGCCGAUGCUUUUUUGAAGUUGGCCUCUGAACUACGACAUUUCAUUCGCACUGUGCGAUACGCACCGCAACAAGUUCACCAGUUUCGGCGCGACCUAUCCAACUUCUCGGCAAGUUUGCGGAUGUUCGGUGAAACCUCGGAGAAAGGGUUAAAAUACCUGACCAAGCCACGAGAGAGAAAACAGCGAGAAAAAUAUAUUGCAGGGGUCUUCCAGGAAUGCGAAGUAGUAAAGCAAGGAUUUAAGCAGCUACUGAGCAGAUUCUUUGAAGAUGUAAUCGAGCUUCCGAGCUUCCACGGCUAUCUGGAUCGAGUUCGAUGGUACCUUGGGAGAACAUCAGUAGCUGGGUUGAAGAUGUCUCUCGAAAGCGCGAAAUCUUCCAUUACGCUUUUCCUCUCGCUUCAUACCGUCGAAUUCCUGCACAGAAAGAUAGAUAAAUUGAGCAGAAAGUCACAAGAGGUACCCCAAGACCUGGUAGAUGCACUGCGUAAAACGGAGCGUCAGCUCAAAGAACAGAGGAGGGCUACGAGGGAUGCUCACCAACUUCUCUUCGAGUAUUUCAAGGCAAAUCUCCACUCUAAUCAAGCACCGCUCGUUCAAGACAUCCGUCCAAUAAUUCAAGAGACACGUUCCAUAGAACGAUCGACGACUAAAACACUUCGAAAAGAGAGUCACAGAAUUCUGCGCCAGUCAUCCUCGACCUCAACAUCACGGUAUUUUGAUGACAUAAGCCCAUCACCAAGUUCAGAAUCUACAGCACAAGAACCUCAAGGUCCUCCCGUAAUACCUCCUGCACCGGGCCACACAAGCAUCUCCCCGAAAAAUAUACCCAGUCCUCCAACGCCAUGUAGUAGAGCCCGAACACCAACCGCGCGAGCACUCAGUCCAAAUGCCGGCAACUCACCAAGUGUUUCCGAGAAGACGGAGCAUAUGUAUGUCCCUCGGGAAAUAUCAUCGCUCAGAGACCCAUCACCCUCGGCAAUAUCAACAGUACGAAGCAGGUCACCACCGAUAUUCGGGCCUAUCAUUCGAGACGACGACAAUUCGUAUCCGAGUCCUCGGGUCCGAACCGAAAUUUUCACGACAUAGAGCUGUCCGCAUCUUCUUUGCAUUAUAAUGGAGAAGGAGAGGAAGAAAAGGAUGAGGGGAAACAAGUAGGCAAGGAAGUAGGAGAGGAAGAAGAACAGGAGGAAGAAGAAAAUGAAGAGAGUGUAAGCAAUGCGAGGGAAAUCAAAAUAGCAGAACAUGGCCCUUAUAAAGCUAUGCCUCCAUUCCUGGAUUCAGAUUGGAAGGGCGUGCGGCGACGGCCAUCGACCUAGAUGAGUUUGA